AUGGCCAUCGCGCACCUGGCCGGCGAGUACGUGUUCUCCGACUUCCUGCUGAAGGAGCCGGCCGGGCCCGCGCUCAAGGGGCUGCGGCUCGAGCUGGCCGCGGACAGGAUGGUCACCUGCGUGGCCGUGGGGCUGCCGCUGCUGCUCAUCUCGCUGGCCUUCGCGCAGGAGAUCUCCACGGGCUCGCAGAUCGCCUGCUUCUCGCCCAGCUCCUUCAGCUGGCGCCAGGCCGCCUUCGUGGACUCCUACUGCUGGGCCGCCGUCCAUCAGCAGAGCUCCUUGCCCGACCAGCAGGAAAGCCUCCCCCUCUGGCUGCACAAGUUCUUCCCCUACAUCCUGCUGCUGGUGGCCAUCCUGCUGUACCUGCCCUCGCUCUUCUGGCGCUUCUCGGCCGCCCCGCACCUCUGCGCGGACCUCAAGUUCAUCAUGGAGGAGCUGGACAAGGCCUACAACCGCGCCAUCAAGGCCGCCAAGAGCGCGCAGGAGGACGCGGCCUGCCUGGCACCGGGCGUGACUGAGAACAGGGGCCAGAGGGAGCCGCCCGAGAGCCACGUGCAGGCGCCCAUCGUGGCAUACCUGAAGACCAAGCGGGCGUCCCGCGGCCUGAUGCUCAAGUACCUGGGCUGCCGGCUGCUCACGCUGGGCACCGUGGCGCUGGCCGCCUUCCUGGGCUACUACUGCAGCCUGGCGCCGCGCUCCGACGAGUUCGUGUGCGGCCUGCGCUUCGGCGUCCUGCGCAACGACAGCGCGGUGCCCGCGCGCGUGCAGUGCAAGCUGGUGGCCGCGGGCAUCUUCCGGCUGCUCGGCCUGGUCAACCUGGCCGUGUACCUGCUGCUGGUGCCCGCGCUGCUCUACACGCUGCUCGUGCCCGCGCGGCGGCGCACCGACGUGCCUGGGCGUGUACCGCGCGCGCUGCCCGCCCUGGACACCCGCUACUUCCACUCGCGCGGCUACGACGACCUGAGCCUCUACGGGCUCUUCCUGGAGGAGAACGUGGGCGAGCUCAAGUCCCACAAGUGCCUGCAGGUGCUGGAGAGCAUC